UAAUAGCUAGACGGCAAGCUACCUUCUAGGGUUUGGUUGUUGAUGUAAUCUUGGUCAUUUAUGUGUGUUGUGCAGCUUUUGCGACAUACGAAACAAAUGAAGGAAACUGGUUCAAAGGAGUAGCUAAACAAGACUCGGUUUUUAUUUCGGGGUUCCAACAUGGGAUCUGAAUCGCCGCUGUCAGGCGUGAACGUAGUGCUAGUAAUGGCCUACGGAAGUCUGGUGUUUGUGUUGUUGUUCAUUUUCAUGAAGAGACAAAUCAUGCGUUUCGCCAUGAAGUCUCGCAGAGGACCGCACGUACCGCUGGGACACAACGCGCCCAAGGACCUUCGAGAAGAUAUUGAUGCACGCCUGUCAAAGGUGCAUGAGAUCCGCUACGAGCCACGGCUUCUAUCUGAGGAUGAUGAUCGUCUGAAGCACAGGGGACAGAAUGGUUGUUACAAUUACCUGUACAGAAUGAGGGCCCUGGAUGCCAUCAGGGACUCAGACAUCCCUUUCCAGGAGAUUGGCCGGAACCCCAGCGCCAUCACGGGCCGCAGCUUUCGCAGCUGGCUGCUGGAGCUGCGGAACUCCCACUCCCUGCUGAAGACCCGCAGCGGCCUGAUCGACGGGCUGCUGGAGGGCUACGAGAGCGCCCGGCACGGAACUGGGGUGUUUGGAGAAGCAGAAUUUCUGAAGUAUCAGGAUUCCCUGAAUCAGCUGGCAGCUGUUGUGAAGGUCCACUCCAGCUCCACCAGUCUUAACCAACAGCACCAGUCAGCAGCCAAAGAUCUGACCAGCUCCCCAGCCCCAUCCGCUCCCUCCACCAUCCAGGUGACCUACCUGCCCUCCUCCGGCCAGCGCAGCAAGAGGCCCAAACAUUUCUUGGAGCUCAAGAACUUCAAGGACAACUACAACACGCUGGAGAGUACGCUUUGAGGCGGCAAACCCGGGACUUUUGUGGUUGGCAGGGGAAACAGAGGCAGUGUCUUACGGGAAAUGUAGUGUGUUGGAAACCACAACACCGUGAAGUGUGAAAGCUACGUAGGUGGGUGACAUGAGAUCUCUUAAGAAAAGAUCUAUACACUGCAGCCCAACUCUGUUUAGAACUGGGUGCUACAUUGAAUCCCAGACUAAAUGAACCUUCACAUGACCACGCCACUCCGCCCUGAGGACAACUACUGUGCAAAACACUGCAGCCGGGAGGAGUGAAUUAGUAUAAUACUAGAUGCACUGGAUGAGUCAGUACAGAACUGUACAAUGCUGUUACUCAGUACAGAGGAGAGGCAACAAACUGUUGUUAAAUGUAGCAUGCUGAACAGAACCAGGCUUAACGUAUCCCAGCAUAGUCCACCCCCUAGCAUCAUUGUGACGUUUACCACAGGUCAUUUCAGCAUAGUACAGUGGUGCUACACAGCACCAACCACAUCUGAACAAAUGAAAAACGAAAUCCAGUCCAAUAAGUGCCCUUCUCAAAUAUAUUUUAUAUAUGAAAUAUUCACCUGUACAUAGAUGCAAGAAUGUAUUUUUAAUUUUGUGUUAAAUAUUAUGGUAGUUUGAACUGUGUGUAGGUUGACCGCCUUGGUGUGAUGUAAAUACUGUGCGUCUGUGUCUUAUUGUUGAAAUUGUGCUGUGGCGAAAUGAGAGUAAAUUAAAAUGUGUCUCUUCCUUGACUCUUAAACAGCACGAUAUUUCAUAGAAUUAUAGAAAUUGGUAACAUUUGGAAAUGUAUAAAAAAUUUUAUGCCAGUGAAAUAAACACU